UGGGAGGAGGCGAAGCCGGGCGAGGCGAGGCGGGGAAGCUGAGGGAGUACCUAUGGCGGGUACCAUUUCCACGCCGGUGUAGUUGGCAGGAGUCGGGAAGGCAACGGGUCAGACCGCAUCCCUGCCACGCACCACACACUGGGAGGCUUCAGGGAAGCCGGCCACCGUCCCCUCGUCUCCGGUCCCCCGCCUACAGAACGCGGGAGGGAGCGACCUACCUUGCAAGGUCGUCGUUCGCGUGUCCAAGCUUGUGACGCUUGCCCACACCCUUGAAGAUGAAUGGCUGGAUUUCAAGCACGGUUUGCCUGUCCGCUGCCUUCUUGCUGCUGUUGAGUGGUGCUUUUGCCCGGAGGAGCCAAGAUCUCCGCUGUGGAGCAUGCCGGGCACUGGUGGAUGAGCUGGAGUGGGAAAUAUCUCAGGUAGAUCCCAAGAAAAUGAUCCAGAUAGGUUCCUUCCGCAUCAACCCAGAUGGAAGCCAGUCCGUCGUGGAGGUGCCCUAUGCCAGGUCUGAAGCUCACCUGACGGAAUUGUUGGAGAGCAUCUGUGACAAGAUGAAAGAGUAUGGCGAAAAGGAAGAUCCGUCCACCCACCGGAAAAGCUAUGUGAGGGUGAUGUCCCGCGACGGGACCAAGAUGGACCUUUCUCAAACCAAAUUUGAUACCGAUAUGACAUCGAGCCUGAAGUUUGCGUGUGAGAGUAUAGCUGAAGAAUAUGAAGAUGAGUUCAUAGAAUUCUUCUCCCAUGAGGCAGAAAAUGUCAAGGACCGACUAUGCAGCAAACGAACAGAUCUGUGUGACCACGCCUUGCAUCUCCCACAUGAUGAACUAUGAAGCGCAAAGGCCUGCCUGGUCUGGUGGAUGAGUUGGCAAAGUCCUUGUAGACCACCUCCCUCUUCCUAGCUCCAAUAAUUAUUGUCCCAGCAGCCUUUUUUGGGGAGACACACACCUUACAAUCUGUAUACAACAUUGUAUCUCUAAAAGAAAACACAAACAAAGCUUCUUUAUCCAAUUUUUAAAGUGUAUAAGUGAGACAGUGUCACUCACCUGACUUUUUAGAAACCCACCGUUAUCAGGCCUUUUCUGUUUGCUAUUUUUAAAGGGAACAAGAGACACUUCCAUAUGUGGAUCCAAGUCUUGUUUUUUUCUACUGCGUAGCCCAUUCCUCUGUGUGUGUGUGUUUUAAUACUUAGUGGCUAUGUGCAGGUGCAUUGAUCUGUAGGUCGGAGUCAAGAAACCAACAACACAGCUCCUGGGUUCAUUUCCAGCUCUCAGAGGCAGAGUUCACCCAAACUUGAACAGAAGAACUUGUUGUGUUCCAUUGUGGUUCUGCUACCACCUUAUCAUGACACUGGGCACGUCAUUUAAUUUGUCUAUGCAAUCCGUGCUUUGAGUGCAACGAGUGGGGGAGUAUGAACAUACAUCCUUCUAACCUGUACAAAGAGGGAGGAGCAAGCCAAUUUAUAUAUUAUGCCUCUGGAGCGGUUGUCUUUGCCUUGAGCUGUUUUACCAGCCUCCACAUGUAUAGACUGGCUCCUGGUGAAAGCCAGUAUCUGGCUUGUAAAAUCCACAAGGGUGCUGAUAUUGAGCACCUGGAAUUGGGGGAGGGGUUGUUGUACUCUUCAAAGGGCUUUUAAUACCUGUUUAAAAACAAAUGGGCCAGUGAUGGCAAGAAAAUAAAUCAUGCUGUGACUGAGAUGAUCAACAA